AUGAGUGUUUCAGAUUUCCUCAUAGCCUCAGUGAAACUUGCGAGAAUUGCUGGAACAUCAUCUAUCUUUGUUACGCGCCAAUCAAUAAAGAUACCAAUACGGCAAACAUUAACACCAAUGUCGAGAUCGCCGGCGCAAAUCACCGGCUGGAGAUACUUGUUGAGAUUACGGCGAUUCGCGCCGCAAAUACUGUUACCACCAUCAUCUGACUACAGUACACCUACAAAAUCGUAG